ACUGGCAAAGGAAUAAACUUUUCAUGUGUUGUGAAUGUGGGGGAUGUUUUGUGCAUUAUCCUGAAGAGAGAGAGAGGAGAGCGCGAGUUUGGUUUAUCUCUUGGUUUAAGUGUCGUAUUUUUUCCCUAUAAUUUCCUUUGGAUAUUCAUAAAUUCCAUUAUCGCUGAAUUUUUGCCCACAAUAUCCGCGGAUUGUGCUGAGGAUCUGUCUCAACAUCGGACUUUGUGGAUUGCAGGCUGGAGUUAUGGAUUUACAGUAUAGAAUAAAGGAGAUAGUGAAAUAUCGCUGAGUCCGUUGAGAAUAGGUGGUCUGCAGAUGUUUGCAAGUGACCAAGUUCCGAGAGAGACAGAUGAGAUGGGAAAAAGGCGAAGCAAUGUGCAAUAAAGAUAACACUAAAUUAAUAACACUCAAUGGAAAGCAAUAGGGAGUAUCAAAGAGCUGUUUAUAGUGCAAAAAAAGUGUCUCAAAGUGAAGGGAAAAAAAUGCUGAGGUAGAAGAUAAUAUGAACACAUUGGAGAGUUUAUGAUUUUCGCAAGUUAGUUUCAUUUCAAUUCUCCGAAACUUGUGUGUGACACACGUGUGCAAAAAUUACAACAAAAAAUAGAUCUUUUUGCGAGAAGAAUUUGCCGUUAACACAGACCAAAAGUGCGAUUUACACAAGAGAGCAAUAGAACACUUGGAUUAUUAAGAUUAUUUGCGAGGAACAAGGGGAAGUGAAGCGCGCACUUGAGGCCAGAAUUCAUCAUCACGGAUUUAGUGUAUUUAAAUGGAUAUUGCACGAAAAAGAUAUAAAAUUGGCCGGGGACCGGUGUUAAGAUCAAGCGAUCGUCGCCGUCCUCAGAGCAAUUCAUCGGGUGCCCCACUUUCGCCGAGGGUGGUUCUAUCGCGGCUGGAGCCGAGGGAUUUCGAACGCCUGCGACUAUCGUACAAAGUGACAAUAUUGGAUCAGAGGCGCACUCGAAGCAGCCGUGGCAUGAACAUGGGACAAAAAAUAUCUGGUGGCGUGAAAUCAGUCAGCCGGGACUCUCCGGCUCCCUUCAAACCAAUCAUCCCCCGCGAGUUGGCGGCGGACUUCACGAGGCCAGCGCGACUGGACGUGCUGCUGGACAUGCCGGCGGCGGCCAGGGAGACGCAGGUGAAGUACUCGUGGAACUCGGAGGACAGGUCGCUGAAUAUAUUCGUAAAGGAGGACGACAAGCUCACAUUUCACCGGCAUCCAGUGGCGCAGAGCACAGACUGUAUACGAGGCAAGGUGGGCUUCACCAAAGGGCUGCACGUGUGGGAGGUGUUCUGGUCGACGCGGCAGCGCGGCACGCACGCGGUGGUCGGCGUGGCGACGGCGGAGGCGCCGCUGCACUCGGUGGGCUACCAGAGUCUGGUCGGCUCCACGGACCAGAGCUGGGGCUGGGACUUAGGCAGGAAUAAAUUGUAUCACGACUCGAAGAACUGCGCCGGGGUCACGUAUCCGGCCAUCCUCAAGCCCGACGAGGCGUUCCUUGUGCCAGACAAAUUUCUCGUGGCGCUCGACAUGGACGAGGGCACGCUUAGUUUUAUCGUGGACGGCCAGUACCUGGGAGUGGCGUUUCGGGGGCUCAAGGGCAAGAAGCUCUAUCCCAUCGUGUCAGCCGUGUGGGGCCACUGUGAAAUCACAAUGAAGUACAUCGGAGGUUUGGACCCGGAGCCACUUCCACUCAUGGAUCUCUGUAGAAGAGUAAUACGCCAGAAAAUAGGACGACACAGACUCGAAGAACGCAUUCAGGAACUUCAGCUGCCAGAAUCAAUGAAAACUUAUCUCCUCUAUCGGGAUCGUAGAUAAUAAAUCUUCCACAAAAGCCACCAACACACAAUCUCAGCUUCCGAUUUCAAAAUAGAACGACAGGAGGUUUAAAAAAAAAGGAACUUUAAUAUAUAUUUUAGGAAGGGGGAAAAAGAGGAAAACAGAGUAGAAAUGUAUUUUUUAAUUUUGAGAAACCAACAACAAAGAAAACAGAUUAAGAUAGACAAGCAAAAGAAAACCCUUAGAAGACACUUGAAAGGUUUGUGGACAGUUUUUUCUUUGUGAAAAUAAUAAGAGAGAGAGAGAGAGAAAAAAGUGUGCAGAGGAGUUUUUGGACUAUAAUAUAAAUUGACGAAUGUGGAGAAAAGAAUCCCAUGUAAAGAAGUAUAAGAAUGGUGAAAUACGACUAGGAAAAUAUGUAGCAAGUUAGGAAAGAAAAGUCUAAAUUAAAAAAAAACAAGAUAAGUGAAGAUUGUCCAUGUAAAGCCAUCGUGGUUUGAUCUUUAUAACAAUCUGUGUGAUUUUCAGUGAUUAAUUAUUUUAUGUGAAACGUUUUUUUUUGUAAUUAUUAUAAGUUAGCAAAAAUGGAAUAUAAAUUUGACGCGGGCUCUAAAGUCAGGAAGAAAUUAGGAUUUUUUUUUUGUGACAAAUGCAACCUUUUUGAGAAGCAGAAUCUGGAAGCAAAAGCAAAAGUAAAAGUAAAGAAAGAAAGGAAGUUGAGAGUGGGUAAAAAAACAAGAACAUUAUACAGAGAAGCUGCUUGAUUUUGUAGUCUGCAGGAUUUUUUGACAUAAAUAAGUCUUAAAUACAUGUAAGUUAAUUUGGAUAAGUAUAAAGUAUAUUUGAAUGAAAGUUAUAUAUGCAUAAAGUAAAGAGAAAAGAAGAAACUAUAUAUAUAAACAAGACAAGACUUCGUAUUAAUUGAUAUUAAAGAAAAAAAAAUUAAUAACUGUAAUGAGAAGUAAAUAAAUUUGAGUAAAGACACGUGUAAGAAUUGUAGACGCGUAAGAAUAGAGGAAACAAAAACUAUGAAAGCAGAAGAGAAUUAUUGGAAAAAAAGAAGUAGAGAAACAGUCAUUUUAUUUUUUCAAUAUUUCCGAGUGAGAGAAAAAACGGGGAAAAAAUGUUACAUUUAAAGAAGAAGAAACAAAUGACGUUGAGAAAAACACAGCUUUAGAGAGAAAGUUUUUCCAAUACUUCGAUUUUGUUGUCCUUUCAUGGGGAAAAAAAAAGCGCGGUAGAAGAAACUAAAUUAAAGAUAUCAGCAAAAAUGUCCAGUUAAGAGAUGAGGAGGAGAAACACAAAGAAGUUUGUAAAAUUUGAAUGGCGUGAAGGAGAAGAAGAAGAAAAAAAAUAAGCGAGAAAUCAAGCAAUUUAUUUCUAUAAUGAAGAUUUUUGGUCUAGAAGCGUUCGAGAAGAUCGCAUAAGAGGGAAACCCGAGAUGAUUCAGAAGGGGGGAGAAAAAGAGGAGAGAAAAACGAGAGCAGCUGAGCAGGAAGUGAAUGCGGAUGGAUUGGAACUCCUUGUAAAUACUUUUGUGUUCGACUUAAUCUCUUAGGGAUUAAUUAAUCAAUUUUACAUUUAAAUGGACGUAUAAAAAAAAGAUGGAAUAAUUACAAUUUUUUAGUUGUAAUGAUGUAUUUAAAAGAAAACAAAGUCUCUUAUAUUUUUGUAAGAGAGAGCGAGACAGUUAAGAGAAUGUGAGCGUGCGUGCGUUAAAAGGCGGCUGAAUCGAUGAUAGAAUGUUGGAGUUGAAUGGCGAAAGGCGUAGUAUUUCUCUUAUACAUAAUUCUCCAUUUAUUGUUUUCCCUUUUUUGAUUUUAUAUAUUUGUAAUGUUAUUGAUAUAUAUUUCUGCCACGUUUUUUUCACAAACAAGACAUUCAAGAGAUGCGUGAGAAAGGAAUUUGAUUUUUUUCCCACCUACAAAUUCUUUCAAUUAGAUACAAUUUAAUAUUUUUUUUUCUUUGUCCUUAAAGUGUGUAAAUAGCCAUAUUAUAAAAGAAGAAGAAGAAGAAGAAAGAAAAAUAUCUCUAUUUUACGAGAGAAAUCGAAUAAUAUUUUUGCAGUAGAUUUUCUUUCUGAGUUUCCUUUGUGCGCGAAUAAAUGAAUAAAAUACAUUUUUUCAUAUGGUUUCAUGAACAAGAGUGUAAAAUAAAAACCAAGUCAUUCAAUGCAAUUAUUUCUAUAGAUUUACAAAAACAAAAAUAUAUCUAGAAAAAGCAAUUUUGACUCGAGUGUUUGCGUAAGUUGUCUUCUUUCUUUAUGAUGUAUUUUUUUUUAAUGACGUGAAGAGAGCGAGAGAGAGAAAAUUAAGUCAUUCCGAUCUUUUUAACAAAAAAAAAGCAACUUCAAGUCACAUUUAAUCCACAACGAAGUAAUGAGAAGAAAAUUGAAGACACAAAAAAUCUCCGCAAAAUUAGACUAUGUAAAAGAAAAAGUGCAGAAGAGGAAGAGAAAACUUUAUGUUCCACUACUUAAAUAGAAGCAAAAAGUCUCGGAAAAGCAAAUAUAUAUGAUUUUUAUAUUUGAAAGUAUAGUUAAGGGUGGACAGAGGCAUGAGAGAUGGAAAGUGAAUCGUAUGACUGGUCGUGAGCUCAUAAAUUUGUGCGUUGUAAAUAGGAAAAG